AUGUCUUGGAUGAUCGGUUUUGGCCAAUUCCUUCUCCUCUGCCUGACGGUCUUUGGUUUCAAAUCUUUACUUCUCUUUUCUGUUGCGAACGGCUUUGUCGCACAUACUCAGCUGCCUCACAAGACCGGAGAAUUUCUUGCUCCAUUGUCCCGUUCAUCCUCUACUACUAAUAAUGGACUCGAGUAUCAAAAUGUGCCACUUAAUCCCUGGCUUUUGGGCAUCUCAGAACGAAUGGAUCGACAGAACAUAGACUUUUUGAUUUUUAUGUGGCCUUUUGUCGAUGGUACAAGGCCCGAUGCAGCACUAGUGCUUUUGAAUUUUGCAGGGGCAGCUGGGGCAGCAUGGAUGUUAGUUGUUAUAGAGAGUGUGAGAAAUAUCCAUCGAGAAAGAAGGGUUCUUUACUAUAUCUUCCCUUGGGGAUAUCUCGUUUUCCACUACUCCCACGCGAUGGUUACUCCGCUAUAUUCCAUAUGGAACCUGUUUUGGUCACCGUUACAAACCAAUCUGAAUAAAAGCCGCCCCCGAGACUAUGUGAUAAACCGUGUUGAUACCAUUGCUCUGAUCUCCAGUCAAGCGCUAGCAUAUAUCGUGCCACUCGCUCUCUUUGCUGCACCUGUGCCACAAGUUUUAAGCGUUUUUCGGAAGCAAACAGUUGUGGCAUGGUACCAACCAUGGAGUGUGUGGAUCGCUGUCACGCAUUUUAUAGUCACUGUUUUUGUUCGACGCUGGACACAACAGUCUAAGAGUGGAACAGUGGAUAUCUACAAAGAAAGCCGAUCAAAUCACCGCACCAUUUACGGAUUCGCAUUUGGGUUAACUGCAACUCCGCAUAUUAUAGUCCUCUCCAUAAGUCUUACAGCGCUUCUCUACCCGGGUUUAUAUUCACCUCGAUUCGCCGGCCUGCUCCACCCUCAAAAUGUGUUUAUACCUCCCUCUCCGUGGUCUGAGAUUAAGGCUCCACACCUUGUUGAAGGGUGUAAAUGGCUUCUUCAAUGGGAUUAUAUCAUCGGGUCAACAGCUGUGCUCGUGUGGGUGUUGACUCAAUAUAUCUCUCUACAGCUGUCACAGACCCAUGACAAAAGAUGUUCGUGGAACUGUCUAUUAUGGAAGAUAGUCAUCUGGACCGUCCUCACUGGGCCAACCGCAGCUGCUAUUCAGUUGUUGUGGAAGAGAGAUGAGAUCAUUUUUGAUGCCGCCAUUGAAGAGGCUAUUAUAACAACCAUCAAGAAACAGCCGUGA